CAACUAGUCUUCCUGUAAUCAGAACCGCAGCUGGAUGCUUCAGUUGAAGAGUCAUCAGACCGUCCAGGAAGAUCUCUUGUGAUCGCGUGAUCCAUUCGCUGUUGGUUUUUCUUUCCUCGCAGCUGUGCUCCAGCUGUAGCGCUCCUUCCAGAGCGCAAACUUUCAAACAUCCCCACUCAUUCAACAUGAUGCUUGGGCUUCGGCAGUCUUUCUCUCGGCUUAGCUGCGCCUGUUCGACACUGCGUACCGACUCGGGCCCAUUGUUUCGGUCAACCUGGCGACCGACGGCAGCCCCCUCUCCGAUAAAUUUGGCGUACUCGGCACUUCGCUUGAAUGUGCUCGGAUCGGUGCGUUUUCGAUCGCAACUCGCGCCUCGCAGGACCAAAUACCGCAAGGCCCAUAAGGGCAGGGUCCCGGUUCCGAUCGGAGGCUCUAUCGUCGGGACUACAAUUCAAGAGGGCGCAUUUGGCAUCCGCCUACUAGCUCCUGCAAGGCUCUCAGCGAAGCAGCUUCAGAGUGCAGAGACUGCACUGAAGCGCAAGCUCAAGGUCGUCAAAGGAGCACAGGUGUUCAUGAGGGUGUUCCCAGAUAUUCCUGUCUGUGUCAAAGGUAAUGAGACAAGGAUGGGAAAGGGCAAGGGGUCCUUUGAGUUCUGGGCAUGCAGAGCGUCCGUUGGUAAGGUGAUCUUCGAAGUCGGAGGACCGGUUGAAAUUCGACAGGAAGUAGCUAAGGAAGCACUCCGAUUGGCCGCUGCAAAACUGCCUGUCCCAACUGAAUUCAUCACAAAAGGUGCAGCACCGCGGCUUGGCAACAUCGUCGGGAUGGCCCUUGAUCCUAAAGCCAGCACUCUCUCGUCAAAAGCAAGUUCAACGUCACUUACCUUAGCCACGAAUGUUCCCAGCGUCAGCCCGCCCGCUGUAGCAUAACUGAUAAAGCACUUCGAUCGUGUCGCCA